UCUUCAACAGGAAAGGAAGUCCAGCCCAAGACAGAGAAGUGGAAUAGUUCUAUUUGGAGGAGAUAGAAGAGGACAUAUAAGGACAAAAUUGGGAGCUAAGCCUGCCCCUGAAGCUAUGAGCACAAAUAACCAGUGGGAUGUGAACAAAGCACUAACUCUUGCUGGCCUGUUCCAUUUUCUUUAUGGUGCAGGAAAUGCCUGCACAAUUCCCUUUUUGACUUUGUACUUCCGGCAGCUUGGACUGACAGCACCAUUAGUAGGGAUUGUAAUAGGAAUGAAGCACUUAAUCACUUCCCUUUGGGCCCCAUUAUGCUCCUACCUAGCAAAAACGCACAAUAAAAGAAAAGUACUCAUCAGUGGAUCAUUGCUGGGCUCAGCUGGAGCAGGUUUGCUUCUUACUCUGGUCCCACCAUUGAACAUGGACAUUGUCUAUACGUAUUGUAAUAUGAGCCAGCAUCCAGGUAAGCUGUUAAGUGCAACCCAGGUGCCUGAUAUAAAUGGAAGCAGCCUAGGUACAGUGAAUACUAAGCUAGUUUCUAGUAACAAAACCCCCUCUGUGGAAGCACAUGGAAAGAUCUCAGAGGACCUGGUGACUGCUGGCAAACCAAGACAAACAUAUACACCAAUCAAUAUUCAUUCCUCUGCAAAUAUCCCUUCUAUGAUCAACAGUGGAGUCAGUGGUGCUGAUACAGAGACACAUCAAUUCACUGAUGGGCCUUUUGGUGUGACAUUAGUUACUUCUAAGAACAAAACUGAUCCGAUAGAACAAAUAUUAGAGGCAUCUACUUUGAGUGAGCCAAUGAAGACAAACAGAAGCCCAAAUACUGGCACCAUGAAUAUAACAAAGAAUCCUAUGGGAAAUUAUUCUUCAGAGGAAAAUGCUAACUCCACAUUUCGAACAGCCCAGGUACGCCUCACAGAGACACCAUAUGUGUUGAAAAACCUGUCAGGACGCUGGGAAAGAGCGCAGAAUGGGAACUCUGAUGUGUUGCAAGGUCCUAUCUUCUUGGAUGGUGAGCAUCAAGUCUUUCUUAUGGUGCUAGGUACAGUUGUCCUUUGGGAGCUCCUGGCUGCCCCUCUUGGAUGGAUGGUCGAUGACAGCCUCUUUGAGUAUCUUGACUUUGUGGAUGCGGCAGACAAAUAUGGAAAUCUUUGGAUCUGGAGUUACUCAGGUGCCUUUUUAGGAGUCUGCAGCAUCGCAGUAUUCGUGGAUCAGCUGAGUUGCUUUGUGAUCACAACCACCCCACGUUUUGCAGUACAUUUUUAUGGCUAUGCCUGUUUGAUAACGUUAGCUUUACUUGUGAGUGUCUUCUUUCCCAUUUAUGUGUCCAAGAAAACAGAACAUGUCAAUAAAACCUUCAAAGCAUUGAACCUCAUUGGGAACGAUGGCCGGACCAUCCUGUCUGCUGUCACUGUCUUCCUCACAGGAGCCAUUGGGUCAACUGUGCAGAACUUCCUUUUUUGGCAAAUGCAAGACCAAGGCAGCAAUGAGUUAUACAUGGGCCUCUCAAUUGCCAUAGGACUGGUUGCUGAGAUCUUCCUCAACAUCUUCAAAAGCAAGUUGCUGAGGGCUCUUUCAGGUAGCGGAACAGUGGCCUUGAGCUUGAGCUGCCUGGCAGCUCAGCUACUCUACUAUUCAUUCCUGUGGAGUCCUUGGGCCGUGCUACCUAUCCAGCUCCUCUGUGCCUUCAGCAAUGGCGCCUUGUGGUGGGCUGUGAACAUGCUGGCGAAUGACAUUGCCACUCCUGGUACAGAGCGGUCUCUGCAUUUGGUUCUGCAGGGCCUUUCUUGCGGAUGUGGGGCCAGCCUGGGCAGCUUUGCAGGGGGGUUUGUUGUGAACAGCUUUGGCCUACCAGUUCUCUACAGGGCAUGCUCCAUUGCCUUAGUACUCUGGCUGGUCUUGUUCUUGAUCGUCCAGUCCAGGUUACCACGUCAGAAAAGAAUUAAUUAUUCCCGUCUCCUAGCUGCAGACUCUAGUGACAUGAGUGACUCUGAUGACAAAGAGGAUGACGAUAAGGAAAGGGACUGGCUGGUGAAAGCGAUGAAGGAUGAAAAUUUCAAUAGGAAUUGGUGAAAUCCUCUUUUCCUCAGUCUGUUGGCCAUAUAACAGAUUUUGGAGCUAUAGGGUAAAACCAUCAGAAAAUGUUGCACAUGAAAUCUAUAAAGAAUCUAACACUGGGAUUUUGUGGUGUACUGUACAUAUUUGCUCAGGAAGCAAUUAUAACGAUUUUAUAAAGAUUUUAUUUUCUUAAGAUUAAUUUAUUGUAAAUAUAUGUAGCUUUUCCUGCAUUUUCAUUUUCAAGACCCAUGGAACGGGAACUUGAAACAGAUUCUGUUGAAAUGAAUCAGUUUUAAUCUUCUAUAUUGACAAAAUGUGGCAAUCUUCAGAAUGAUAGUUUGCUGUACCUUUUUCCACAAUAAUUUAGUUGGUUUAGAAUUCUGGGAAUCUAACGUGUUUUGUGCACUUGUAGCACUUGUUUUGUGAGAUUCAUUGACAGCUGAUCAGGAAGGAAUAUGUUAUUAAAAGAAGGAAUAUUCUGAUUUUAAAAAAAUGUCGAUCAAAGAAAUCAUGGUUAUUACAAACCCUUUAAAGAACUAGAUUAUGAGUCUAGGGUGAUGUUAUUUUGGUCUUGGACAAUUAUUUUUUUUUAAUCUCUGACAUGACCUGCCUGGAAGAUUUCAGACACUGAAAGGAUUAUGUUAAACUCAUCCUAAAUCUGUAAUAUGAAGUCAACAUGUGCUAUAAUGCACAUUAAGAUUACAGCUUCCACAUUGCCAAAAAGACCCAAAGAGGCUUGCCUGAAAGUUUUAGGGAGCUAAUGUAGCAUUAAAAUAGUUGUGCCUGUGUUUGCACUUUCUCAUAGAUUGCCUAAGCACAGCUCCUAUUGCAGUCAGUCAUUCCACAAGCCAACAUUGAACCUUCUCGAUUGCUUACUCUCAUUUGACUUGGUAAUUGGGGAGCUAAUUGAUGUGAAAGAUGUGAAGUUAUUGCCUUAGCCCCUCUUGCACAGUGAGGUGCCCAGUUAUGGAGUCCAGUCUAACUGCUCAGGAGUAUAUUUAUACAGUUCUAAAAUAUAUUGGAUCUUGUUCCAGGUUGCAUAAAAUUUACAUAUGCCAAUUAA